AUGCGGUUGGCUGCAGUCCUCGUCUUGCUGGGAGUCUUCUGGACUCAGGCUUCAGCACUGGACACCUAUAGCCUGCGAGAACCUGAGAGUGGCUAUGUCACUGGGACGAUGACUGUCGACAAUGAGAACAAGAUUGCUGAUGUCCAUGUCCGUUCUGGCUUGUACUCCUCUGAUACCAUUUUUGACUACUCACGUGGAUACAUUGCAACAAGGCUGUUCUCACGGAAUGCCUGCUUCAUCAUGAAGAUGAACAGGGAAGAAAUCCCAGAGCUGGAAGAAAUGGGACGUCAGGCCUUUGAGAGACAGGCUAUGAAAAAAGUCUACUCUCCAUACAACGUGUGGGUACAGUUCCAACCUGGCAAUUCCAUGUUUGGCCGUGCCAGAGACUGGCUUGUCUAUGGUCGGCCCAUUGAGCAGCUCUGCUCAGGUCUGCCUCUCUACCAGCUUGAAAGUACCAGUGCACGAGCGGAUGACAAUGGCUGUGCCAGUGCUGGAAUUCCAAGCAUCCUGGGCAUGAAAAUCUGUGAAAGAAUGAACUAG